AUGGCCCUUCUCGAGCAUGUCUCAGUAAUGGACAUGGCAAAAAUAUACAGCGAAAUGGCCACUGACCAUCAUGCGGAGAAAAUUUGGGGUGAACUUCGUGCUGCCCUUCAGGAACGCAGGGAACGAUCGGAGCGACGUAAAGCCGAGUUGUUACGUCAGCAACGGGAACGUGAGGAGGAGGAGGAACUCCGUCGGCAGCAGGAGGCAGAAGAGGAGAGGCGACAACAGGAAGAAGAGGAAAGGCGGCAACGGGAAGAGGAAGAGGAACGGGAGCGGCGCCGAGAGGAACGCCGCAAGAGACGAGAGGAAGAGUUAGCAGCUGAAGAAGCCGCAGCGCUAGCAGAGCAGGAAGCUGCAGAGGAGGCGGCAGCACUCGCUAGGGAAGAGGAAAGGAGACAAAAGGAAGAGAGGCGCCGACUCCGUCGUGAGGCACGGGAGCGGGAACGGCAACUUCGGGCAGAGGAGGAGGCAUUGGCUGCAGAAGAAGCAAGACGCAAAGAGGAACGAAAAUCGCAGAAGGCAGCUUGGGAAGAAUAUGUUGCCUCCCAUCCGUUGGAGUUUUGUGAGGUGAAACAAACUAUAGAACAAAAGAAGGUUCAACACACUGCGAAGGGCCCUUCACAGGUGAACAAAGACUUGUUUAACCGCAUAUAUGCUCCCAAAUGCCCUGAAUGUGGUACAAAGUUUAGUUUGCCACCGUCCUUGUGGGAAUGCACGGUUUGUUUCCGUCAGAAGCAGCGACGCGUAAAAGUUUGGCAGCCGGAUGACUCUACCACCACUUGUAUGGUUUGCCGUGGGUCGAUUGGGCGCUUCUCUCGGCAUCACUGCCGUAACUGUGGUCGGCUGGUGUGUGCCAAAUGCAGUGGAGCUCUGGCAACCAUCCCAUCCGUUGGAUUUACAGAGGCUGUUAAGGUGUGCGAUGAUUGCGCUCGACAAGGCAAAGGAGAGGGUGCCGCUCAGAAAUAA